CCACGAUGUCGCAUCAGGCAACUUGUUCAUAUGAAACACGAGUGUGAGUGAAAAUAGUACAAUGUAAACGAGUGUCAGACGUAGAAGAAAUGAACGAUAACGACGGCAAGGAAAUAAGACCAUUUAAACAGGCCAUCUGAUCUGAAACAGAAACACCAUAAACUCAUCAUUGUUGAUAAACAGACAAGCGUGCCAUAUAAAGAGAAAAUAAACCUGUGUUCGUCAUUUUAUUUAGCAUGAUGACAUCACAGAUAUCAUAACUCGACAUCACACACUCAUAACUGAAUUUAAGAACAUAUUGAUGAAACAACUUCUUGAUAGUUGGCUUCACCGGCUAGUCGUCAAUUUUGUGUGCCUAAGAUUUGUCCUACACAAUGACUUUUCCUUUCCUUUUUUAGGGAGCACUGCCUAGGAUAUACAUAUAUAAAUAUAUCGUAUAUAAUAGAAAAUACUCAAAAUGGUCUUGCUUUAAUAAUGUUUUAUUGGUUUACAAUUACAUCAAUCAAAUUAUUACAAAAAACCUCUUUCGCGAUUUAGUUGAUAUCAGUUGUGUUACUCUUUCUUGAGAAGAUAAAUAGUACAUAAAAUACCUAGACAAGAGCGUAUAUUCCUGUAAGAUGCACUAUGUCAAAGAGAUUCCAUGGUCUUGCAAGGUCGGUGACUCAUCGGCAUUGGUUUCAGUGGCUGAGAGAUCACGAUCAGUAUGUUUACUUUUAUACUAAAAAGAACGAAUUUUCCAAUUGACUUUCUCUAGUUGCUCGUGAUACAAAGGAAUAGUUGCAUUUCUCCACAUUUUUUUAUUCGACAUCUAUAUGCUGACUAGAAAAUCAUCGAACUACAUCAGUUUUUUCACUAUAAGAGUCUAACAUAUAAUGCAUGCGUUUGUCACAAACAAGACGUCUUGUUUUUCCACUACGCUAAACAAGACCGCUCGCUAGAGAAAGAUGAAUAAGUCACUUAGAUUAUCGAAAUGACAUCGUCACGUUCAGAUAAUGAAUAGGAAAAACAUAAGACCUCGGAUUAAACGGAAUUUUGAUCGAUCUGAGCAAACAGAUAGAGACAGGAUGACACUCAUUGUUUUGAAUAAAGCUCAUAAAAAGUAGCUGCGCGUAUUAUGAAGUGAUAUUCUCAUUUUACAUUGAUCACUAACAAUGGUUAAUUUGCAUUUAACAGAUAACGUUACAGCUAGUGUUGUUCAUAUAGACUUAUCUGCGCACAAUGACUUCUUACCAACAGUGGAGAGGAACUGGUUAUUUCAACUGAAAUAGUAAAUAUAUUAUCCUAGUUGUCAGGAUAAAACUAAAGAAAUACAAAUCGAUAAAGUUCCUUCUAAAAUGUAAAAAUAAAAGUUUUUUCCUUUGUAGAAUAAUUUUGCCAAAAAUGGCCGAAGAAGAAAUUGCCAGAAUCAAUCGAAAAUUAGAAAAAAUGAUUUCUAAUGCUGAAAUUGACGAAUCAAUGGCGCGCGAUUUAUUAGUUCGUUUACAAGAAUCUCGAAUAACAUUGUUAAUAUUGCAAAAAACAGGUAUUGGAAAAACAGUGAACAAUCUAAGAAAAGCUUUGGCGCCGCCGAAUGAAGAAUUAGCAACAUUAGCCAAAGGUUUACUUAAAAAUUGGAAAAAGCUUGUGCCAGAAGUAUCAAAAGAAGAAAAAAUCGCAACUAAUAAUCAUAACCCACAAGCAUCAACAUCUUCACAAUCGGAAACUAAAAACGAAACGACGACAAAAUCUAAUGGAAUUGAUCGAACAAUAUCAACUUCUUCAACGUCAUCUAGUCCAACAGCUUUGAAUACAAAAGAUGAAGUCAGACUAAAAUCACGUGAUUUACUUGCAGCAGCCUUAUCGGUCUCUGAAAUACCAGAAGGUUCAGCUGAUCCUGUUGAACUAGCGGCACGCGUCGAAGAUGCUAUUUUCAAAGAAAUUCGGGAUACUGGUGUCAAAUAUAAAAACCGAAUUCGAAGUCGUUUAGCAAAUUUAAAAGAUUUAAAAAAUCCUGGUUUAAGAAACAAUGUAUUACUUGGCUAUAUAACACCUGAACGACUUGCUGUAUUAACUGCCGAUGAAAUGGCUAGUGAGGAUUUAAAACGAGAACGUGAAAAAUUAACGAAAGAUGCUAUCAAUGAGCAUCAGUUAGCGGUAGCAACUGGAAUCGGUACAGAUUUAAUACAAUGUGGAAGAUGUAAACAAAAAAACUGUACAUAUACAGAAGCUCAGACAAGAAGUGCCGAUGAGCCAAUGACAUUAUUUGUAUUAUGCAAUCAUUGCGGGAAAAGAUGGAAGGUAAAGUAUCGUAAGAUAGUAGUUCUAACUGGCACUGAUCUUCAGUGCUCCUCAAAAGCAGCGCCCCCCUGUAACUCAAGAAUCAUGAUAACUAGGGACUCUACUUUUGUGUGUUCAUAGCUCUUGCCAAAUGUUGAUCACCCACCAAGUUUGGGCCUCUGUUACUAGAUGGUUCGUGAGA